GGGUCGCGUGGCUUCCGUUCGGAGAGGGCGGGCCAGCAUCCCAAACCGAAGGUGGUUGUCUCUGCCCAAGCUGGUUGGAAAGUGGGGGUCGGGCCGGUAGCGGUUGUUUGUAGCCGAGGCCCCGCUAGUGGGCUAGGCCGUUCCUGCCCGCCCCAGCUCCGCCUCCCGUCGGACCCUUCGGUCUCCCUGCCGGACUCCCUCGCUGCCUUAGCUGCUCCGCGGCCCAGCCGCCACCAUGUCCCUGCACGGCAAACGGAAGGAGAUCUACAAAUAUGAAGCGCCCUGGACCGUCUACGCCAUGAACUGGAGCGUGCGGCCAGACAAGCGCUUUCGCCUGGCGCUGGGCAGCUUCGUGGAGGAGUACAACAACAAGGUUCAGCUUGUUGGUUUAGAUGAGGAGAGUUCAGAGUUUAUUUGCCGAAACACCUUUGACCAUCCAUACCCCACCACAAAGCUGAUGUGGAUCCCUGAUACAAAAGGCGUCUAUCCAGACCUUCUGGCAACAAGUGGAGACUAUCUCCGUGUGUGGAGGGUUGGUGAGACAGAGACCAGGCUGGAAUGUUUGCUAAACAAUAACAAGAACUCAGAUUUCUGUGCUCCCCUGACCUCCUUUGACUGGAAUGAGGUGGAUCCUUAUCUUUUAGGUACCUCAAGCAUUGACACAACUUGUACCAUCUGGGGACUAGAGACUGGUCAGGUAUUGGGGCGAGUGAAUCUUGUGUCUGGCCAUGUGAAGACCCAGUUAAUUGCCCAUGACAAAGAGGUCUAUGAUAUUGCAUUUAGCCGAGCUGGAGGUGGCAGGGACAUGUUUGCCUCUGUGGGUGCUGAUGGCUCGGUGCGGAUGUUUGACCUCCGCCAUCUGGAGCAUAGCACCAUCAUUUACGAAGACCCACAGCAUCACCCAUUGCUUCGCCUCUGCUGGAACAAGCAGGACCCUAACUACCUGGCCACCAUGGCCAUGGAUGGAAUGGAGGUGGUGAUUCUGGAUGUCCGAGUUCCCUGCACGCCCGUCGCCAGGUUAAACAACCACCGAGCUUGUGUCAAUGGCAUUGCUUGGGCCCCACAUUCGUCCUGCCACAUCUGUACUGCAGCGGAUGACCAUCAGGCUCUCAUCUGGGACAUCCAGCAAAUGCCUCGGGCCAUUGAGGACCCUAUCCUGGCCUACACAGCUGAAGGAGAGAUCAACAAUGUGCAGUGGGCCUCAACUCAGCCUGACUGGAUCGCCAUCUGCUACAACAACUGUCUGGAGAUACUUCGUGUGUAGUGUUGGUGGCACUUCGCCUACCAGGCAGGGGCUUGUGUGUUUCUGCCUCUGCCCCUCUCCCUGCAAGUAAGAAGAACAUGUUUCCAGUGGCCAGUAUGUCUAUUGUUGCUUUAUACCCACUGUUUCCAGAAGCUGCUCUAGGAGUCCAGGCCAGUUUCCUCUCACUGUCUGUGCCGGACUCAGUGUUGUGUGGCACCACCUCAGCCCAGGGCUGAGUUUUAAGAUUUUCACUCCUUUCCUCUUUGCUUCUUCAAUUAAACAUUUCUGUAUAUUUGUUUGUCAGCUGUUGUGUUCAUGAACAGUAUAAGCACUGGCUCUGUUUGUAUCCAUCUGUCCCAAAUGUUUGUUUGCUGCCCAAGGCAGAAGUCCAUGUCUUGUCCCCAUUCAUGUCCAUGUUAGCACUUAAGUGGGAACAAAUACCAAUUUAAAGUUGUCUUUCCUCCUGGUUAUCAGUGUCUUUAACAAACCUCAACUUUGUAUAUUUUUUAUCUAUCAGGCUAAUUUUUUUAUGAAAAGAAUUUUACUCUUCCUAGUUUUUUUCCUUUGUUUCUGUCCCCUCUCUUUGUACCUUCCUCUCUCCCUUCAGUGCCUGGAGUAGGUACCGGGCACUAGACCCCAAGAGCAGUUUGCCUUCCUGAGUCACAGCCUGAAUAGCACACACUUGACCAGGAGUUCCAAACUGCCCUGGUGCUCUGAAGUCUACUGACUCAUCAACUUUUUCUCAGUCUGGAUCUUCUCAAGGCCCUUACAGGCUCUGGGAUAGACACAGGAAGUCAUCCAAAGCUCCACUGUCUGCCUUCAUUGAUGGGCACCUGGUAGAGGAAACGAUAAGCAACUGACUAAGAGGCUUGGCUGAGGGAAAAUUAUUUCAGGAAAGCUAAAACUUAGAGCGUGUUUCUAGUACCUGGUUUCAGAAUCUAUUUUUCCCUCCGUAUCAAAACUUUUGAUAGGCAAGAACAGUCUCGAAACUAAACUUUGAUAUUUCUGUUUGUUGAAUUUCCUGUGCCUGGUGGGAUUUUGGCCCAUCUUUGGAUUGAGUAGUCUGAGUAAGAGUCUUCCUAAGAGGUACCGUCUGUGUGUCUGACCCUGUACAUUAUCUUUAGGGUAGGAUAUACAGGCAGUUCUCAUAAAGGAUAGACUAAUCAGCUGUGGCAAUCCCAGGCCAUCAAGUAAAUAGCUACAAAAGAAUCAUGGGCUCCAGGGUCAGCCAUCUAAGACUCCCCAAUAUAUGACAUUUGCCUUCACCCCAGUGUAGGUUCUGAGCAGUAUUGAACUUGUAGGCUGCAGUUGGCCAUGUUGACUUUCAGGCUGCAGGUGUCUUGUUUCCGUUACAUGAAUGAGUUCCAUGGAGAGAGCUUGUGUGUGAUUUUUUUACUUUAAAUGAGUUCCUGGCAGUUUGGGACAUGCUCUGGGGAAAGUUUGCCUGGCUCAUGCACUGCUAAGGAGCCUGAAGGUUUCUUAGCUUCUCUGACAUGAGGAAAGUAGCAGGCCUAAAAGUUGAUGGCUUUACCCACUUAGCUGUCAUCUGCUGGAGAGAUAGAAGUUGACAUGCAAAUUCUUGUGGCUGAGUCUUCCCUUUCUUCAGCUGAUGUAGUUGUAUGCCAAAAGGCAUAGAUUGUUUUACCAUUCUACACAGGCUUGUCUCGAGGUAAGACUUUUUCAGUUUCCUCAGCCUUCUUAGUUUGUCAUUCAGAUUUUUGGUUUCUGUCUAGACAACUGCUUGAAGGAUUCACCAUGCAGUCACCCUAUAUCUGUGCAGACAUAAAGCACAGCUUGUGAUCACCUCUGCUUUUAGUAAUGUUUGCCAGUUGGGUACAGGGUCCUCAAGGGUAGCAGGCCAGCUGAUGGCUGCUGAUUUUGGAGGCCUCAGCUUCUUCUGUGGAGAAUAUGUAGUGGAAGAGUGGUAGCAGGGACUGGUCCUGCCUGGAGGUCCUCUUGAGUUCUGAGUAGACUUUAACUUGGGCAGAAUGAUGGAUUUGUCAGCUGGAAUUUGAAAAUAAACUUCUAAAAAAUAGCAUUAUUAGAAUAGAUCUAAAUGAGUUAUCUCUGUUUUGGAAACCAACCACUUUCAAAGGUGUUUGCCUUGCCCUGUGGACUCUGUCCUCUUUAAGUCCUGCAGUGAAGUCUUCCUAAUCUGUACUCAACCUGAGACCCAGGUAAGACCUUUGCUGCUACCUCUACACAGGCACCCACAGUUCAAAAUCCUGGCAUUCUGAAGUGCCAGCUCUCUCACCAUCCCUAUAUAGCAUAAACAGGUGGCCCUCAUGGCUAAGGAAGUGAUUUCUGUAGUCAAAUAUAGAAAGCCCCUUAGUCAGGUCUGAAGCACAGGUAUGUUAAGGGUUCAAAAACAAGUCUCUGUUAAAAUUUGCUCCAGUUCUUAGACUGUGACAGUGAAGUGGGUAAGGACCUCCAGAUCUGCUCUCCUCCAAUGGCUGCAGUUCUGGACUCUGGUGUGGCUGCAAUGGUGUUUUGACUUGCUUUUGGCAGGACAAGCCAUAGGCUGUGGCAUCUGCUUUCCGUGUCUGCUGGGGGGAGGGGGGAGGGCAUGCUAAAGUCUCAGUUAAGCCUCAAGUCUCUACCAGCAGAGAGCUGAACUGCUGAAUGGAUCUGAGGCUUCCAUGGGCUUGAGCUUUUCUUCUUAGGAGGUUGGAUCCCUCUCCUGGCCUGCAAGGUUUAGACUUAAAGAGCAAGGACAACUGAGUGAGAAUUUUCUAUCACAAUCAGGAUUGGUUUAAGAACAGGAAAAAAAAAAAAAAAAAAAAAAAAAAAAAGAAUCCUACAAUAUUUUGAUGAUGGUUAUAGGUGAAGUUUUAGGGGGAGAUUUAGGAUAUAGAAGAAAAUCAGUAUUUCUUUUGGUCAAAGGAAAAAAUAUUAGAGCGCAAAGAGAGUUUCUGGAGGGAGAAACAUCCAGAUUGCUACAUAGCUUUGGUGUGAGCCUGUGCUGUCAACCUAGGUUGGCCUUCCUGGACCAUUAAUCAGACAUCUAUGGCACUGGGUUACUGUGGACAGGACAGGAUGACAGCUCAGGGCAGAGAGAGCCCCUUCUUGGAGCAGGGCUGCCAUAGGUGAUAUCUGGUAGUAAACUUCUACAAGUAUUGGAUAUCUAUGACUGUGUAAGAAGAUGAGGUAUUUUGUUUUGUUUCUUGUUUGAAAUGGGGUCUUGUUUUAUAGCCAGGCUGGCCUUGAACUCAUGAUCAUUUUACCUCAGCCUCCUGAGUGCUGGGAUUACAGGAAUGUGCCACUGCCCCUAGCAUGCAUGGUUCUUCUUACAGAUCUUUCCUCCUCUCUCCCUUUUUCUUUCUUUCUUUCUUCCUUUCUUUCUCUCUCUCUCUCUCUCUCUCUUUCUUUCUUUCUUUCUUUCUUUCUUCUCCUCUUUUUUUUUUUUUUUUGUGGUGAUGGGGAUCAAACCCAGGGCCUCUCACACAUGCUAGGCAAGUGUUCUACCACUGAGCUAUACCUCCAGCCCCUUCUCCCUCCUUUUGUUUUUCUCUUUCUCUUACCUUUCCACUAUAGAAUGUUCUCCCUGAUACAUCAUGGUCCUGAAUAACUAGGCUGUAAGGACAUAUAGGAGCUGUGGGGUUCACCAGACAUGGGUGGGCAGAACUGCCCCUCUGUUCUUCCGCAUUCCGAGAAUAUGACAGCUCCUUUGACUUGGAAGUAGAGAGUACACUUUGAAAUAGAAGCCUCAAAGCACAGUUUUCCUUUACAGUCUGUGCUCAGGAUGAGGAAGGUGGGGCAUACUUGUCUAAUUAGUUUGUUUUCUGAGAAGAGAGCUGAUCUGAGCAAGGUUACCACAAAUACUGGGCCAGGCUUCCCAGUGUAUAGUUGUCUGCUCUGCUCUGGUGAGGCAGGUGCUGAGGUUCUCAUGUUGUAGAGCUUGCCCACUGCCCACUUGCAUCCUCCCCUCCCUCCCACACUGUCACUGCUGCUUAUGGUCAAAUUCAAGCCUGUGGUUGUACGGAAUGAGAAGGUUCUCUCCAGCUACUAUCUGGUUGUCAUUUUUUAAAUAGGGAAACAUGCAGGUGCCCUCUCAAAGAGGCUUGGACUAGUGUGUCAAACCAGAAACAAUAAGCUAAGGAAAGUCUAAACUCCAGAGGAAAGAUGUUGACAGCCUAUGCGACAGCUGGAAAAUACACAAGCACCCACCUUUGUGACAGCCCAGUGAACUGUACCAUCUUCUUUUUAAAAGAAAUGUUCUCACCUUGGGUUGAUUGUGCUAUUCAGUGUGUUAUAAAAUUGUUGAGCUGAAGCUCUGAAUUACUUUAGUCAAGUAUGAGUCACUUGCUUUGGUCCCCAUGUAUUUUAUGAUCCCUCCUCUGUCAGUGACUUUUACUCCCCGCCCCCCGGAGUGUGAAUUGUAGCAUGAUGUAUAAACCUCUAUGUAGAAAAAUGGAAAUUUCUUGUUCUACAAAAUGUUAAGCUCUAACCAAUUCAUUUCUGUGCCCUUUAGCCUAGUGUGUAUGAACUUACUUUCCUGUUACAUAUUUAAACUUUACCUCUAUUCUAUAGCUUUUGUGGCAUCUUUUGUUCAGGUGGAGAGGAAGCUGCCCCUUUGCAGAAUUGUACUGUAACCAUUUUUCUUUUAUAAAUAUUAUUUUCACAGGGCUGAUUGUAUACAGGGCUUGUAAUAAAAUUUUAACACUGUGCUGUAAACGAGCUGAGGAAUCCCCACUGGAGGCUACUUCAAAAGCACCUGAAAGUGGAGCAUUCUUUCUGGAACGUUACUUCUUCAUACAGAUAUUUAAAUCUAAUUUUCACCCUUUCAUUCUGUUUCAGCCUCCUGUAUAAGAAGUACCGUAUUUUCUGCCCAUCAUACUUUGUAAUAAAACUUGAACAUGUAUAGAUUGAA